AUGUUUUCUUCUUCGUAUUUAAUUUCUGGAAUAAUUGAGAGCUUUUGAGCUAUGCUAAACGACUUUUGGGAUUCAGUUUUCGCGGCUCUCUUUAAUUGUGCAGCAUUUUUCCAGGAGUUGAGAGAUUUUAAUAAAUUGUAUUUUACUGCGUGAUUUAAGUUAGUAAGUAAAUCUUUGAUGGUCUUUGAAUGAUCAAUAUAUUCGAGCUGAGUUGUCGGUUUACUUACUCCCCCCCCCCCUCCGUGAGCGAACAAAAAAAUUUUGUUCACUCACGGAGGGGGGUUAAUUUUUUUUUUUUAAAAAAAAUUUAUAUAUAAAUUUUAUAAAAAAUAUUUUUUUCGAAAUUUAAAAAAAUCCUAAUUUGCAAAAAUUGGGAAGCAAAUAUUAAUUUAAUUUGCAAAAUUUAUGUUUUAAAACGCAAUUUGUUUAAAAUUUAAACAGAAUUAGCUCUAGAUUUUCAUUAUACUAAUUAUCACUUAUAUAUCAAAUUUUUUUUCCAUUAAAAUUUUUUCUAUUAAAAAAAUUUUUGUUCGCUCACGGAGGGUGGGUUUUUGGUCAAAAAAUGGCGAUUUUUCUAAUGGUUUUGUUCGCUCACGGAGGGGGGGGGGAGUUAGCAAUUCAAAUACAGGCCUAUUUCUUGGAGCUGAUCUUACUUUUACAGCUUUGGUCUUCCUCUUAACCCACUCAUCCAUUAGCAAGUAAAGAUAUUUUGCUCACUUUCGAAGAGAGGGACAUUUUUUUUGACUUUUUUAAAAGUUUAAAAAAUCCAUUCUGAAAAAAUUGGGAAGUAAAAAUCAAUUUAUAUUGUCGCUAAAGAGUUUUUCUCGAAAAAUAUAGCUCGAGCCCUAAGGAGGCUUGGACUAUUUUUUAAUGGUUUUUUGCUCGCCCACUAAAAUAAAGAGUUAGCAAUUGCAGUAUUUUUCUUGUGGUGGUUAAUUUUCCAUUUAUUUAUAACUUUUUGGAGGUUGCCUCUGAAAAUUCUGGCUAAGUUAAAAAUAGUUUUCUUCAUCUUUUCUUUUUGGCUAUCACUUAAUUCUUCUACUUCCUCAAUUAUUACAAUUGGUUUUGACAAAGCGCUUGCUGUAUUUAUAGAUGAUUUUACAGAGGAUUCUUUUUCUAUUGUCGUUAGCGGUUUUGUUAGUAGACAAUAA